AUGAACGUACUCAAGAACCCCUCCUUUUUCCGCCCUUCAAGCCGCCCGUCCUCUCCUGCCCCACCGGUGGUAGGCCACAUCCGACCCGACUUGAGUCAGGGCAUGGAGCGACCAUCACGCCCAUCAACCAAAUUGUCGUUGACCAAUUUCAUUCGUCAAACACCAUCUCAGGCCCCUAGUCCAGUGCCAAACCCGGCCCCGCUUAUUCAAGAUGGAUCGUAUCUUGAAAUGUUGAGUCUCAAGCUUAGCGAGGCAGUGUCCAAAGCAUUAGCGCAGCCGAGCGGUCCGCCUGUAGUAUCCGAACAGGCGUCUGGCAAGCGACCAAUCCCUCAAGGACGUGGUCUCGCACUAGGGUCACUCAUUGCAUCAGAACUUAAUGCCGCUCAUGAUAACGCACAUCUUCAUAGAGCUAUUCUUCGGUCCCUGCAAAGACCAUUUUCGGUCUUAUUAACCAAUAUCUCCAGCCAACUUCUCCCAACACUGUCGUCUCAGUCGUUUCAUGCGUUCCCGACACCAACCAACCAGUUCGCGUUUCCCAACAAUGUCCAACUCUAUGCCCUUUCGAUCGCGAAGUUCUGUGAGGAGCUGCUACAAGUUUUCCAUGAAUUGGGCUUGGGUACCGACGCUGAUAUUCGCGGUGAUGGAUUGAAAUCCAUCCGGGAUGGGUUUGUCUCAGUCAUAAAUCGAGUUGUCAAUCCUUUUGUUGCGGGCAUUCGUGCAGAGUUGAUACCAUUGAUAGAAGCUCUAGAACAUCCUAAUAGCUCGCCGGUACCCAAAGCAAACCCUGGUGUCAAAACAUCGGUUGUCCACCAUCCAUCAAUUGUUACUCUACAAACAAUGAUGCCUGUGUACGCCCGAGCAUUAACUAUGUGCACAACUUCAGUGCUAUCGCAUGCCACUCUGGCUAGUCUUCUUAUUUCCAUCUUGUGGAAAGCCAUGGUCGCGCUGUCACACCGUAUAGACGUCAAGCCUUCGCCCAUCGUUGCUCCGGACCUCCUUUCCGGCAAAAGACGUCGAGGCUCACCUUCAGCAUCCACCACACCUCCUAUGACUCCCCCACCGGGCAGAUUUAUGAUUAAAUUGCCUCCUUCGCGACCCCCGUCACCUCCAUCGUUAUUGUCAUAUGCGACUCCGGCGCUUGACUGUAAGGCUCUUUACCACCUUUUGAUCAAUUUGCCUCGACCAAGUGCUGAGCAUAGCUCGACUCGGUUGGCUAGGGAGGCCGUCGAUGAGGCUUUCGAAGGGUUGAAGGCAUUACCUGUUCUCCUCGACGCGGUGUCGAAAACAGUUGAUGUCUCAGGAGACUCCGACGCCGUCGCAGGGACUCUUAUCCGGCUUACAAUGGAUAUCCCCUCCCUUAUUGCGCUUUCCGUAAUACUACGUGCAUAUGGAGGCCCGGGCAAUGCGUCAGUUGCCCCGAUGCUCGGAAUAGGAGAAGAGGAAUACAGGAAGGCAUGUCUUAGUGGCUUCAGCCGUGCAGAAGAAUGCACUGCUGCUAUCGCUCAACGAGUGAUGGACGUUCUGCAAAGGGACCCCGCCAACAACCAACUUGUUAUUCGGUGGCUCGAGUUGGAACUUGCCGACAUUGACGAGUCGGUCCAAUAA